ACACAUUCUUGUCGCUGAUUUCUUCAAGAUGUUGGAUGUCUGACCUAUAAAAGAGUAUAAUUAAUUCGAAUCGAUGUAAUAAGAUAGUCCGACUUUUAAACUAACCAUAUUCACAUAGAAAAAGGGCUAGCUUCGAGGAGAUACAAAAAGUAUUAUGGGUCCACAAUUGAAGAUCUUUUUAGACAUUGACAUUUAAUAAUGAGUCUGACUAACCCUUUUCUAACUUGUAAACUCACAAUUACCAAAAGUCCUCCUCAAUAAAUGGACCUGCUUUGCUAUCCCUACUCUUGCUUGAGCCAUCGCUAUUUCUUGUCUCUCAAUUCAUCAUCCUCACCUCUCUCUUAAUCGAUAUCGUUGACAUCUAUCUCUCUCUCUCUCUCUCUCUCUCUCUCUCAUGGAUUCAUCCAAAGAAGUCUCGCUCGAGAUCUUCCCCUACAUCAGAGUCCACAAAGACGGCACCUUUGACCGCCUCGCCGGCUUUGAGAUCGCCCCGCCCGGCAUCGACCCCGAGACCCACGUUGAGUCCAAGGACAUCCUCAUCCUCCCCGACACCGGCGUCUCUGCCCGGAUCUACCGCCCCUCCUCCGUUUCUGCCACCACAAAACUCCCCCUCGUCAUCUACUUCCACGGCGGGGCCUUCAUCAUCUCCUCCAUCGCCGACCCCAAGUAUCACUUCUGCCUCAACGCCCUUGUCGCCGAGUGCAACGUCGUCCUCAUCUCCGUCGACUAUCGCCGAGUCCCUGAGCACCCCCUCCCCGCGGCCUAUGAUGACUCCUGGGCUGCUCUGCAGUGGAUUGCAUCGGAGGAAGCCCAGAGCGAGCCAUGGCUCAGGGAGCGUGCCGACUUUAACCGCCUCUUCCUCAUUGGUGACAGCGGUGGCGCCAACAUGUCGCACCACUUGGCCAUGCGACUCAGGGAUGACGUGCUGGGCGAGCGGGUCAAGCUGCUGGGGAUCGGGAUGAUACAACCAUACUUCUGGGGCAAGAUGCCGAUCGGGGCGGAGGUGGCAGACCCUGGUCGGAAGGCUUGGGUGGACAGCACGUGGCAGUUCGUGUGCGUAUCGGACAAGGGGUGCGAUGACCCGCUGAUCAACCCGUUUGCGGAUGGGUCCCCUGGCGUGGAUGGGCUGGCGUGCAAGAAGGUGCUGGUGAUCGUGAGCCAGAAGGACAUACUGAGGGACAGAGGGAGGCUGUACUACGAGAAGCUGGUGGAGAGCGGCGGGCCGGCGGAGGCGGAGUUCAUGGAGAUCGACGGCGUGGAUCACGUGUUCCACAUCUACGAUCCGAGCUGCGAAAAGGCCAAGAAGCUGUUCAAACGUGUGGCCUCGUUGAUUAACAGUGAUGGGAAAAGUCACGAGAAGGAGACAGUGGAGUGAAAGGCGCAUGAAACCAUCGAGGCCGUUUUCGAAGUUUCUCUUUUACUUUGCCUGUCGCUACUAAAGUUUCUCUUGUGAUGGUGAGAAAAGUGAUCCUAGAUACAUUCUUGGCCAAAUAAUUGUGGGUAGCUUUAGCGAAGUAUGAUUGUAUCACUAUUAUUAUCUGUUUAUUGGCUUAACACGGCAAUCUCUGACUCGACCAAACGGGUGAGAGACAUGCGUGUCA